AUGUCUCUCCACACUUCCUACCACGACGCGGAUUCAGAUGCAGAUGAUGAGUACGAGCGCAGCAUCAUUACGUCCCCUCACCUUCAAACCGAUUCCGAGGCCUCCCCCACCGACUCAGACAUCCCCUCUUCCGAGAACACGCCGACUCGAUUCGGCCCCCCGAGCGAUGGCCCUCGCACACCACGAGGAUUGAUCUCGAACUGGACUGCCGAUGAUUCGCUCAUUGCGCUCAAGCAUGAUGAAUUGAAGGAAAUGGGCAUCAAUAGCGUCGGACAUCGUCUAACCAUUUUAAAAAGCGUCUAUGAGAUCAAGAUCAGACAGAAUGUUCCUCUUGACGUGGAUCAUUAUAUCCCACUCUGUUCGUUUUCCCUCACCCAACAUAUAUGCACCCGUCCCGGAGCUAACAUCGUUCUUUCGCCAGCGGCGGACCAAAGCCCGAACGAAAACGCUACCCAGCAUGAUAUUACUCGUCUCAUCCAAUCCAUCCAGAUUAGGGACCAGAAAAUCUACUCAAUCGAGUCAGAUCUUCGCCGCUUGACCGAUGAAUACCGGCGGCUACGGAAGAGAUCUUGCCCAUGA